AUGGCUCAUCUAGCUCGUGCUAUUUUGAAGAAACGACUAGCGUCCAAACUCAAAGAUACACCAGCUUCAAUAAUAUCCAAUACAAAACAGCCUCAAGUGAAGACGAAAACUCCAGAAACGAAGAAAUCUGAUGAUGAAACUUUUGAUAACUUUACCGAUGACUUUGACAAACUAUUUGAAGGUGAUUUUGAUGAUGUGUUUGGACAACCGCUUGGUUCUUCCAGUUCAGUAGAACUCUUAUCAGACGAGGUAGUAAAUAAUGAAGUUGAUAACGUUGACAAAAGUCCUAGAGAGGUUAUCCAAACUGAAUUUGGCCCAGAAGGUCCACCACCUAUCAUGAAACCUAUAAGGCAAUCUCAACAAAGAAUAAUUGAUCCAGUUUUACUACAGAGUUUAACAAAAGGUAAAUUUGUUCCUUUACUAAAUACCACUGGGCACAAAGAUACACUUGCUGACAAAAACAGUGAUGAAGAUAAGAUCUCAUUGACGCUGAAUGGUUUAUUCUCCACAAAUCCCAUAACACUAAAAACUGAACAAAAAGAAUUAUCAUUAACAAAUCCAAAUAUCAGUUUCAAUCAAAGUCCAGCCGUUGAGGCAGCAUUAACGAGAGGACCAGUUGGUCUUCCUGGAAAACGGUUUCAAUCAAUUACAAAGCCAUAUCAAAUAAGAGGUCUCUACACUGAGUUCUUCAACCUUGGUCAAAGGCCCAAAGAUUCGCAUGUUGCGACCAAAUACUUUGAAUGUGAAUAUUUCCCACCAAAUCAUAUUAGAGCAUAUUACAGAAAAAGUAAAGUUUCACUAGUAGUUUUUUUCAGAGAUGGGUUCAAUCAAAAUGAUCCCACAUCAACGUUGAGGAAAAAUAUAUUUCCUAAUUCAUGUGUCCCUAGAGAUUCUGGAGCUUUCAGAUCUAAAUGGAGGAAAAUGAUUAGGUUGAAAUUUUUGGAAGCACUCAAAGAGGUUGGAGAUAUUGAUGGGUUAUUCACUUUCCAUGUUGAACUAUAUCCAACAAAACCUGAAGAGAAGGAAAUUUUCCAACAUGAUUUGAAAAAAACUCUAGAAUAUUAUAAAUCUCAAGAUUAUUCAGAUCAAAUCAAACAAAUAAACUCAAAUGCUAGAAUCAAUUGGAUCUUGCGGGGUCUUGCCCAGUCUGGAUUGAGAACAUAUGCUGUUCCACCAUAUCUUGAAAUUCCAGGCACGUUAAGACAUAGAUUUUCCAAUGUUCCAGAACCAGGUACAAUCGAGAGUAAAUGA